UAUGAAUUUUUUAUUUCUCAGGUCCUCCACACUCUCAGCUGUAUGGCCCGUAAGAAUGGCCUCUUCCUGGUGGCUAACAUGCCGUCCCGUCAGAGCUGCAACCGAACCUCAGACCCUCGCUGUCCUGAAGACGGUCAGUACCAUUUCAACACCAACGUGGUGUUCAGCGAUCAGGGCAUCAUCGUAGCCCGAUAUCACAAACAGAACUUGUACUUUGAGGCGGCGUUUGAUGCUCCCCUGGAGUGUGAGUAUGUUACGUUCACCACACCGUUCGCAGGUCGAUUUGGGGUGUUUACCUGCUUCGACAUCCUGUUCCGUGACCCGGCGGUGACUCUAGUAAAGGAAAUGGGCAUUCGGCAGAUCGUGUAUCCGACCGCGUGGAUGAACCAGCUCCCCCUGCUGGCCGCCGUACAGUUUCAGCGCUCAUUCUCGCACGCGAUGGGCGUCACGCUGCUGGCCGCCAACGUCCGAGCCGCAGAGUACGGCAUAACCGGCAGCGGCAUCUUCACGCCGUGGGAUUCACUCAUUCAUCAUGAUACAGAGGGAAAUUCUGGGAAAUUGCUAGUGUGUAGAGUGCCAGUUUUGGACCCAUCAAUUAUAGGGGACAGGCUUAAACUGGUGCCAUUUUCUGGGUAUCAAAGUUCAAAAGAACCAGAAAAUAUGCACGUUUGGCCUACAAAUAGUUAUAAUGCAAAUCAUGAUGGAAAGUACUGCCAGAAAGACUCCGAAUGUGCCAAAGGAACUUCAUCUAUAACCUUUAACUCCAUCAUGAUGUAUGAUCAUUUCACUCUGGUGCCUUUGCAAGGCACUGAAGGGAACAUCAGCAUUUGUAGUGGUUCAGUUUGCUGCCACCUGCUGUUCCGGAGAUCAGAUGUGCGGGAGUUUUACGCUCUAGGUGUCUUCGACGGCCUCCAUGUGGUGCAUGGGACAUAUUACCUGGAGAUUUGUGCUCUGGUGAGGUGCACAGGUGAGCAUCACAGCAGCUGCGGAGGAGAAACUGAACACGCUCAGACGCUGAUGGACUUCAGGCUCGCGGGGACCUUCACGACGACUCACGUAUUCCCGGGGAUUCUGGGUAGCGGGAUGACUCUGAAUAUUCCGGAUCAUUCUGGUUGGGAGGGUGGAAAUGGGUUUUACAUGAGCCGGACCGGAAUGAGCGCUGGGCUUGUAACCGCAGUGCUGUAUGGGAGACACUAUGAGAAGGACAAAGUCUAAAAAAUACACCGUUCUUACUCUGGUUUUUAUAGGACACUGAUUGUAAUGCAUUCUAAAUUAGAUCAUUUCACUUAAAAGAAAUGCAUUUGUUCACCCAAAAACAAAAUUUUGUGUCAUCAUUUUAAUAAAACCUGUUCUGAUGCUUUAU